AUGUCCAGAACGGGAGCUUUUCGGGACACAAACCUUCGCUCCCUACUUAGGGAGAUGCGGACUGAUAUUGCUAUGGCUGUAGACGACCCUUUCCCUCUCGUUUACGGUUUGGUGGACAAAAAUAUCAUCACUGACCAACUAUUGAAGGACACCCUGGAGAAGGAAGGCAGAGAAGGGAUCCAUAAGGCCAUGUACUACCUCCUGUCCUGGGUCCUGGAGCAGAGCAGAUCCACCAUCCAAGCUUUCUGGAGCAACUUAUCCAAGAACUACAACCUGGACAGCUACCCCAAGCUACAGACGCUGCUCACCAACCUCCACUCGAGAUGGGACGCUGCAGGUUCCAGAGGUGAGAAGAGAUCCUCUGGAGGCCACAAAACUCCUCACAUCAAGAAGAGGAGCCACGGGGAGAAAGAGACAAACUCAAACAAUCUGCAUCCACAGUAUCAUGCCAAGACAAGGGGUAAAGUGAGGCUGUACAGAGUGAAGAGUGAAGCUUCAGCCCCACAGUUAACAUCUGGUGAUCAGGCGGUGUCGUCUUCCAUCCAGAGACAAGUCACGCUGUCUUCCUCCUUAACUGAGCCGCCAGUCAGCCAUGAAGCCACAGAAACGAUACAUGUCAAACAGAUGUUGGGCUCAGAUGGAAGUACCAGAGAAGUUGGUGGGGACUUUUACUCCUGUGUUCAGUCAGAGGAUAUAAAUGGACAUUCAGAGUCCAAAGCUGUUAAGAAGGUGUUUCACCACAAGGGGGAGACAACCACGUGCAUGGUUCAAUACAAUGAGGAUGAGUGUUCGGUGUGUAAGGACGGAGGGGAGCUGAUUUGUUGCGACGGCUGCCCUCAAGCUUUUCAUCUGAACUGCCUGGACCCUCCAAUCACAUCUAUACCAAGUGGCAUUUGGCGUUGUGAGUGGUGCUGUGGAAACAGAGUGAAAAGAGAGAAUGCCCAAAUACCUUUACAACCACUCGUUGCCCAGCAAACAAACACGAACUCAAGCAACUCCAUCAUAGACGUCUCCUUCCUCUCCUCGCUGUCAUCCUCGUCUCUCCCCAGUGUCACAGCUUCUAUGAAUGAGCUCAGAAACCAGUGCUCAGGUGGAGAGCUGCUCAGUGUGAGGGAGGUGUGUGGUGUUUGUCACAUAGAAGGAGGAGACCUGACUCACUGCCUGCAGUGUUUGCAGCACUUCCACAUUCACUGCCACUUCACCAGUGUGCUUGUGUUUGAUAGAGGGAGAUCCAUCUGCUCGUCCUGCUCCCGUCCCAGGGGCAGCUCCUCAGAGAAGGAGGCUGAAUCAUCCAGAGGCUUACAGCUCGCCCCAGGGGUUCAAAACACACUCGUACAUGAUCAGUGCUCCUCCGUCCCUGAGCCCCUCCUGCAUAAAGAUGAACUGGACUCCAUCCUGGGAGACGGCACCAUUGACGGCAUCUUGCAAUGGGCUUUCCACAACAUAUCCAGGCCUCUAGCAGAUUCUCAAGGAUUCUACAAUUGACAGACCGGCG